AUGAGCUAUCAACCAUUCAGCGAUAGCACGGAGGCGAGCAGUAGUGGCGGUAUUGCAGGAGCAUCAACAAUAUCGUCCACAGUGGAUAGUGUCAUGACGGGACGACCUUCGAUGAACUCUCAUCGAUCUUCACAUUCCCAAGAUUUGACAUUCAAGAGCGCAACAGGAGCAGGAGCCAGUCUGUUUGGACCUUCGUCUCCUUCUACCGACAUCUUGAACGGAUCAGGCACCCUUCAGGGAUCCAUCUCUCCUCACGCACAGCAUCCGCUCAGUCCAAGCGGCAGUACGCUGAGCGGGACCAACACGAUCGGAGUAUCCAAGACUUCAGCUUCUCACGAUGAACAGGUCUUGGCAGCUUUACCAAUCUCGACUUCCUUCGAUGAAGCGACACUGCGAGCGUUGUGCGAUAUGGAGUGCGGAACACCUCUGUUGUAUGAUAGGAUCAAACAGUCCAUCAUCAGUGCUCAAGCUACCUCUACAUUCUUGAAGAAGAGGGCGGCGAUCGAAGAGGACUACGCAAGGAGCUUGAUGAAGCUGUCCAGAUCAACCGCAGAGAGCUAUGCAGCCGGCGAAGGCAAGGCUGGGUAAGUCGCAAAGUGGAGGGUCAUGCAAAAGGUGCACGCUGUGCUCGCAAUGCUGGCGAGGAGGAGGUUUGCUGCGGGCCGCCCCUGCAUACAGCCGCGGCAAGGGAUUCCAUCCAAUCCUCAAGCGCCAUGAGCCGCGCGUGGUGCAGUGCAAAUCUCGUUGCACCCAUCGCUCACUAGGUGGCGCACACGUCGGAGGAGCGAGGUGUGCUGUGCCGAUACUCGCACGCUAACAUUCUCAUUUGUGCCCUAUGCCAGCACGUUUGUCUCCUCAUGGCAGCACAUGAUGCGCACGCAUGACCAGCUUGGAGAGAAUCGAUUGCGAUUUGCGGUCAAGUUGGGCGAGAUGAGCGAAGAGCUAGCUACGUUGAGCAAAGAGGUGGACAAGAAUCGCAAGCAGGUGAGCACAUUCGGCGAGGCUGUGGGCGAGGCUGUGGGCAAGAUCCGUGCAGGAUGGGACUGACUAUCACUUGGACCUGCCGGCUGCCCGUUUUGCUAGGCUCGAGAAACCGGUUUGCGGCUGGAGCGAAAUUUGCAAGAUUCGGAAGCGAGCGUGGAAAAGGCCCGCACGCGAUUCGAUGCUACAGCCGAAGAUCUGGAGAGGUUGCUGCUGCUCAAGUCGGGCGAGUCGACCAAGUCGGGCGAAAUCCAGUCGUCUGGUCCCCCAGGCAAGAGGACGCUGGGAAAAGCUAUUGGCAAGAGCGGCCUGCUGUUCAAGAACAAGAAUCCGCAACAGAUCUUGAAACAGGAGGAAGAUAUUCGGAGCAGGACUUCGACGGCGAGCGAUGCGUUUAGAAAAGAGGUUCUGGCUACGCAGGGCGUCAGGCAGGAAUACUUUAAUCUGCAGUUGCCGAGGAUUCUAAGGGUACGUGCACGCACGUUUUCACUGGCCAUUGGUCCUCAAUUUGCCAGCUCAUCGUUCUUCUCCGUCCUGACAGGCACUCAAAGAGAGCUCAGAAGAGAUAGACAACGGCCUACAGUAUCACUUGACGAGGUAUGCCUUCCUGUACGAAUCGACGAUCCUGGGAGAUGGGAUGGCAGUCUCCCCUAUACCCGCUGUUGAAGGUGCGUAUCCGAGCAUUGCUCGCGAGAGCUCUGAGCCGCUUGUACCUAGAACGAAGCGUUUGCGGUGCUCAUAGGCAGUGCCUGAUCCUUGCAAGCAGGCAACCCCGGCCUCAAGACUGCUGCCGAGUCCAUCGACAACAGGACCGACUUUAGGACAUUCAUGUCCAACUACCAGAUCGUACAUGCGCGCGACUACAGAGGCCCGCGACGCGAGGGUCCUUACGAAGAGGGUUUUGUGAGUACCGAACGGGUAGGCUCCAGGCGUGAACGUGCUGUGCUCGAGGCUCAAUCCGUAAGGUCUUCUGGACUACGUUCAGCUCAAUAACCCGGCCAUGAGCGGACUAGCUUCUGCUAAGAGCACUUCUGCACCGUCCACGAAGCCCACACGGCCGAUAUUCGGUGUGCACCUGGCCGACCAGAUGGCAAGGGAUGGAGUAGAGAUUCCGCCGAUUCUUGAAAAAUGCGCAGAGGCGAUCGAAGCUGUCGGAUUGCAGAACAUGGGCAUCUACAGGUUAUCGGGAACAACUUCCAAAGUGCAAAAGCUCAAGGGAAAGUUCGAUGCAGACUGGAACGGCGUGGAUUUGAUGAACGAUGAAGCUAUCAACGAUAUCAACAUCGUCGCUGGUUGCCUCAAGCUUUGGUUCAGAGAAUUGCCGGAACCGCUCAUGACUUGGGAGCUGUAUCAGGGCUUCAUCGAUGCUGCUAGUGAGUCGCUGUCGAGAGGGGGAUAUUGCAUGACGUACACCCACUGAAUGCGCUUGCUUCGCGCGGCUUGAACUUGCAGAGGUGGAGAACGAUCGGCUGCGGCACAUACGGAUGCACGAGCGCGUCAAUGAUCUGCCCGACGCGAAUUACGCGACGUUGAAGUACCUGAUGGGUCAUCUGGACAAGUGGGUAUGGCACCGUACAGUUGAUCUUUCAUGCAAUAACUGAUCCCGCUCUUUGGUUCCCUCACUCGUCUCCUUGUCCGACCGUUGCGCUCAGGAUCCGAUCCGAAUCGGAUCACAACCAAAUGUCCAUUUCGAACCUAGCCAUCGUCUUUGGGCCCACACUUUUGAGCCCUCCUCCUGCUGAUCUGUCAACGCACCCCGCAUCCAACGGGACAGGUAUCGGCGAUAAUGCUGCCAAUGCUGGAGGCGCGGAUGCUGCAGCUGGAGCGCUGGGGGGAGCUCAAUUGCAGGAUAUGAGCUGGCAGUGCAAAGCAGUAGAGACUAUCCUGGAAAGAUAUGCCGCCAUCUUUGUGGACGAAGGCGAAGAAUGA